AUGUCAGUCCCAGAGAAUGGAGCCAGCCUUUUGACGGCAUUGGCCGCAGGAUGUUCCGCUUCGGGAUUCUCAGCCUUCCUCACCUUCCCCUUGGACUUCUUGAAGACAAACCAGCAGCUCAGCAAUAAUGCAGGGCUAAUGAAGUACCAUGUCAAUCAGAACAUCUCCAGCAUAAGUCACAUCAUGACCGGCUCGAGCGCAUUGGUUGCUGGGGCCGUCAUCAAGAACUUUGCUCGAAUAGUAUCUUACGAUUGGGCGUCCAACUUCAUGGCAAUCGACAAUCUGCUGGAUAAGAAGAAAACCAGUGCUCCAAGAGUGGUGAUUGCUGGGGCCAUGUCGGGCUUCAUGGAGACGAUUUGGAUAGUUCCCUUUGAGAGAAUCAAGACCACCAUGAUCCAAAAUAGACUUUUGGUAGCAGAGAUUGCGGGAAAUCCUGAUAAGAAUGUGGAUAUCACGGGUUCCAAGUUAGAGAAAUCCCAUAAACCAGUGGUUUUGUCGAAACACUAUAUUUCGCCUCACGCAUAUUACACCUCUGAGCUUAUCAAACAGUUGAAAGCUGGUAAGGGACCUUCCAAGUUUCAACACCAUCACUACCGUCAUGCUCAUCCUGGAGGUGUUGGAGGAGGCAUCGAUGCUUUGAAAGUGGAGUUCAACAAGACUCCAGCAUUGACGCUUGUCAAGACAGCUCGCCAAAUGUAUGCCCUUGAAGGUAUUCAUGCAUUUACAGCAGGUACUAUGAUCACGUUUGCUAGACAAAUCGCAACCUCUGCUGCAUGGUUUUCUACAUACAAUGCUACUCGCCAGUUAAUUGACCCCCAUGGGAAGUCCAAGGAACCCAGGUGGUUCUCACUCAAUAUCGGAACAAUGCAACAAACCUUCUUGUACAUCGUUUCAGCAGGUGCUGUCGUUGCAUUGACCCAGCCGCUUGAUGUGAUCAAAUCUCAUAUUCAGCUGAAAAACGGAAAGCUACUCUACAGGGACUCGCUUUCCACGGCAUACAACCUUGUGGCCAAACGCGGAGUCAUGCUGCUUUUCGCCGGUGCUCUUCCUCGUGGUUUCAAAAUUGCGUUCCACGGCUCACUCACCGCGUUGAUGUACGGUAAUUUCGAGUCAGCCAUCAAUACGUUGGGUAAUAAAUCAGUGUUCACCGACUGA